CAAAAAUGGACAUAUCAAUUAUAAAUAUUUAUGCCAACCAGACAAAAGUUGAGGCAAAAGAAUUACAAAUAACACCUAGAUAAUCAUACAAAAACACACUGCAUACCAAAGUAACACACGGUGUUAUCUUGAUUCUUAGUCAAUGUGAAUAUUUGUUGUGAAGGAUUCCAGGAAUUGAAGAUUUAGAAGAAUAUUUGUUGUGUUGACAAUGUCAGUGCUAAACCAGAGUGGCGAGGAGCAGGUGGAGUGUCCGCUGUGUAUGGAGCCGUUGGAGGUGGACGACCUCAACUUCUUCCCGUGCACGUGCGGAUAUCAGAUCUGCCGCUUCUGCUGGCAUCGCAUUCGCACCGACGAGAACGGACUGUGUCCGGCGUGUCGGAAGGCGUAUUCGGAGAAUCCAGCUGAUUUUAUUCCGCUUUCCAAGGAGCAAGUGGCGCAGUUGAAGGCGGAGAAGCGGCAGCGCGAUCAGCAGCGCAAGGCGAAGCUGAGUGAGAGUCGCAAACAUCUUGCGAGUGUGAGAGUCGUGCAGAGGAAUCUUGUGUUUGUCGUCGGUUUACCGAUGAGACUAGCCGAUCCCGAAGUGCUUAAGAAACACGAGUAUUUUGGGAAGUUUGGUAAGAUACACAAGGUUGUGAUAAAUCAGUCCACUGCUUAUGCUGGUACACAAGGACCUAGUGCUAGUGCGUAUGUGACUUAUAUGAAGAGUGACGACGCGCUGCGCGCCAUCCAAAGCGUGAACAACUCAACUCUGGAUGGUAAAACGAUAAAGACCAGCCUCGGCACGACCAAGUACUGCUCGCACUUUAUGAAGAAUCAGCCAUGCCCCAAACCGGACUGCAUGUAUCUGCACGACUUUGGAGACCAGGAAGCCAGCUUCACCAAGGAGCAGAUGCACGCCGGUAAACAUCAGGAGUACGAGAAGAAGCUGCACGAUUGUCUGCUGGCGAAACUGGCGGCGGCACAGCAAGCGGCGGCGAUUGCAGCAGCGCAACCACCCGUUGUUGUUGUGCAAACGCAAGCGACGACUGACACGACUGCGAGCACCACCACCACGACGACGAAUGCGAAAACAAACGGCAAAGCGAAAGAAACUACGAUCGGCAAGGAUAAAGAAAAGGAAGCGGGUAGUUGGCCACAUCUAGAUAAAGAUAACACGAAAGCGGAGGUGGUGAAAAAGAGCACGGAUGCGAACUGCAAGGAGAAACCGGAGAAGUCGAAGCGGAAUAAAAAGAGCAACGUUACGGAGAAUAAUAGUAAAAACAAGACUAGAAAUGAGGAAACGACAUGUAGCAAAGAUAAGGACAAAGAAAAGGAGACUAAAGUACAAUUAUUGGAAAAGGACAAGGAGAAGACGAAAGAGAAUAGCGUUGAAAUUAAGGAAAACAAGGUGAAAAAAGACGUGCUACAUGAUGAGAUUGUUGUGAAUAACAAUACGAUCACUAGCAACGCCAAGACUAAUAAAACCGAUGAGGGUUCAGGUGAUAAACAAAGAAGUAAACUACCACAAUCGCAGCCAAAACGUAGUCCAAUGCAAAACGGUGAUGACACUAUCAAAAUGCCUCUGCACGAUGAUAACUCUAGCUUCUUUACGUCAAAUUCGUUCUCGUGCGCGAAGCUCGAGAACGAAGAUGAUGACGAUUCCAGUUUGUUGAAUCGCCAGAUUGACGGACAAGAUUUACUGCUGGAUAUCAACGAUGGCGAUGCGUGGGACUUUGAUUUUGGCUACACGAAUCACUCGCAUCAUUUGGAGGAGUUGGCGACGCAGCGCUGUCGUCAACAGGAGACAAUUAAAGAUCCUCUGGAAUCAUUCGCGAAUGGUUUCGGUGGUUUGGACACGUUUAGCAAACUGGAUGCGUUUAUGGACGCGCCGUACGUGGCGAAUACCGAGAGCUUACUAGAGACUUUGGCGAAGAACAGUGUCAAUUAUCAGAUGCAUCCACAGCAACAGGUGCCACAACAACACAGACAGCCACAGCAACAGCAUUAUAUGAACGGGCAUAAUGGACAUAAAGAUGUGUUGUUGUCGGGGUUGUUGGAGCAGCAACAAGCGCAACAACAACAUCAGCAACAACAGCAGCAGCAACAACAGAUACAGAAUGCGUUCCCGAAAUUGAUUGAUAUGUACAGUAGGAGUUUACAUCCGCAACAGGCGCAUCCGUCGCUGAUGAAUGGCCUGCAUUCGCAGAGUAACGGAUUUCAUAAUAAUUUCGCGCAACAACAACAGCAGCAUUUUAAUCACAUGAUGGUGGAUAAGCGGAUGGCGCUCCUGCAGCAUAGGCAAAUGGAGGAGAACUUUUUGAAUUUGUCGCUGGGGAAACAAAUGCAACAACAGCAGCAGAUACCGCAACAGCAACCGCAACAACCGCCGUUCUCGCAUUCGCAGAUGAACGGACAUUUCGAUGGGUUUAAUUCGUUUGGGUUGGGUGGUAAUGCGCCACAGGCCAACACACAGAAGCGACAUGUUGUGGUGGACGAUAAAGACUUGGAUUUUCGAUUCCAAGAGGCGCAGAAAGCUCUGGAGGCGUUGGUCGAGUCGGACAAUCAUGUGCACAAUUCAGGCCGUACUACAUUAGGAUCAAAUCAAUUAAAUGGUUUAGUGCAUAGUCAAAGCGGUAGCCAUUUGCCGCCUCCGCCACCCGGCUUUGUUCAACCCAACACACACAUGAAUUCGUUCGGUAGCAAAAUAUUACCCUUCUUAAACAUGAAUAGUCAACAACAGCAACAAAUUAAUACCUCACAGAACAACUGGCCGAGCAAUUUUAGUCAAAUUCAACAACAGCAGCAGCAGCAGCAACAAAAUCAACACAAUAAAGGAAUGGGAACCGUGUGCAAUGACUGGAAAGUUUUGGACACGGCGAUUAUUUCCUCCCGCCGCCACAUUCCCAACAUGGGCCCACUGAUAGACCAGUACUCGCCCGGCGCGCCUUCGCCUCAACAACAGCAACAGCAGCAGCAGCAGCAACAACAACAACAGGCUGCAGCUGCCGCCGCUGCACAACAACAGCGCACCUAUGACAUGUACGCGACGUUCUCCAACUAUUCAAACCAGCUGCCACCCGCGUAUGGCAACGGCUAUCAGACGCACCUCGCCACUCAACCGAACCUGAACUGGUUGGGCAGCGAGAUCGCCGGGCCGAUUUCCACGCCGCCAGGCUUCCGCACCGCCGGUCAGGCCACCAAACAGCAGGAGUGCUAAAUUCCACAUCGCAGAUUUUCGACCCGCAAGCGACCACAACCGCUCCCUCUAAGAGUUUAGUGCGCAUCAAUUUGAAUUUAGAAGAAAAACUGUACUAGCUGAUUAUUAUUUAUAUUUGUCUUUGGUAAUUGAUUUUAGUCUUUUUAUUUUUUUUUCUGUUCUUUGAUUGGCAUUCGAUGCUUUUUGUCGUUUGUAAUUGAUUUGCUGGCAAAGUUAAGUUUUUUCCGAUUUGUUUUUCAACCAAAGACUGAACUCUGAGCGUGUGGUUGGUGUCGACUGUGGGUGAAUAGUAACGUCGAAAGAAAUGAUUACAUAUUGAAUCAAUACAUACAUUUAUUAAUCAAAUAUUUUGGGGUGCGAGGCUUUAAACAAUACAAACACGAAACAAUUCAUGUAACAACUCGAUACAAACAACACACAACCAAACAACAAGCGGUCAGCGGUUUGUUGCGCGACGAAAUGAUUGAUGUUAUGCAAGUGUGAUGAAAUGUGAAUUGAUUUGUUGGGCUGCACGAGGCGUCGGGUGGACACGUCGGCCGGGUACGUUGGACGUUAAGGCCCCUCGACUGACGUGUCCAUCUGAUUUUGAAAUAAAUUAAAACUCGAGCCUUCACACAGCAAGGACGAGAGGUUUAAUGAGGUGCUCUGUAAGUGCCGAGCACUUACACUUGAUUAAUGUGACUUUAAUCAUGUUCGAGGACCUCGAGUGAUGCGCUUAUCACACCGUAUUAUUAAUAUUAUAUUAUACACACAUAUUAUUGAUGAUAACGCGUCGCUACGAAUGAGCACGCCUCGUGCGCCAGCAAGGCAUUUACUGAACAUGAAACUAUGCGAAGAAAAUGUUAAAGAAUUGUGGAGAGAUAAAAAAAACACUUGAACUCUUUGAAAUUAAUAAAAUACGAAAGCUAAAAUUGA